AUGCCCGGUUUAAGCCACAGCCACCUAGUCCAUCCAGGCCUCUCCUUGGUUGAUGUCACCUCGUCGACAGGAGAGUCCCGUAUGGAUGAGGGAGAAUUUGAAGAGGUGGCUGAGAGAUCUCCUAUUUCAAGCCAGACUGUGUCUGAUGAUGAGCAGAGUGAAUGGUGUUCAGAACCGGAGGACGAAGAUGAAGAUGCUGAGGCCGGACCAUCAGAGAGCAGGAAACAACCCCAGCAAGUUCGGAAGAAACAGACUGUCAGAAGGAAACCCACCCAACAGAGGAAGCAGAGGAAGAACCCGUUCCUUGUGGGGAAGUACACAAGGCAUCCAGUGAACACCACCAGACCUAUACAUUGGAGGAAGAAGAUUUUAUUCCACAUGAAGAUGCAGGGUCAUUCUCUGAAGAUUGAUCCCGAAGAGCGGUCAGAUGCUGUGCAGGAGACUGUUGACAAAGGAGAAGAACCUAGCACAUCAGAAGGAGGACCAAGGGAGGAAGAGGUGGAAGAGGUUUUGAGCAAUCAGGACAAAUCCAGAAGGAAGAAGGAAAAUUAUAUGAAAGAGAAGGACCAACCCAUUUCAUCUCAGAGCGGGAUCCACCUUGAGCAAGAAGAACAAACAAGAGAGAGAGACAGAAAGCACCUUGAUGCUCAUCUGAGAAUCCACACAGAGGAGAAAACCAGUCAAAGCUCAGAGACAGUGAAAAGUGACUGUCUGAGCAAACCAACUGUGAAGGAUCCAAUGCUCGGCACAGAGGGGAAAAGUCACACAUGUCUGGAGUGUGGAAAGAGCUUCACACACAGCUCACAACUUACAAGACAUCAUCAACAAAUUCACUCUGCGGAGGAACUUUAUAUCUGUACAGAAUGUGGAAAGAGCUUCCAAAAACAAGAAAAUCUCAUAGCACAUCAAAAAUGCCAUACGAGGGGGAAACCCUUUAAAUGUUCAAGCUGUGAAAAAUGCUUCAGGGAUAGAUCAACCCUUACAAUUCAUGAAAGAAUUCACACAGGGGAGAAACCCUUUAAAUGCUCAAGCUGUGAAAAAUGCUUCAGGGAUAAAUCAACCCUUACUCAACAUGAACAAACUCACACAGGGGAGAAACCCUUUAAAUGCUCAAGCUGUGAAAAAUACUUCAGUAAGAGAUCAGCCCUUACUAAACAUGAAAGAAUCCACACAGGAGAGAAACCCUUUAAAUGCUCAAGCUGUGAAAAAUGCUUCAGUGAUAGAUCAGCCCUUACCAACCAUGAAAGAAUUCACACAGGAGAGAAACCCUAUAAGUGUAACGAAUGUGGAAAGAGCUUUUCCCAGAGCUCAGCCUUUACUUACCAUAAAAGAAUUCACACAGGGGAGAAACCCUAUAAGUGUAAUGAAUGUGGAAAGAGCUUCACUGUUAGCUCCAACCUUAAGGUACAUCAACAAAUUCACUCAGGAGUGAAACCCUAUACAUGUGAAAUAUGUGAAAAGAAGUUCAACGACAAAGCAUCCCUCAUCAAACAUCAAAGGUGCCAUUCAGGAGAGAAACCCUAUAAAUGCAAAGAAUGUGGAAAGUGUUUUCCUCAAAGCUCAUCCCUUACUAGACAUGAAAGAAUUCACACAGGAGAGAAACCUUAUCAAUGUUCUGUCUGUGAAAAAUGCUUCAGUGAUAAAUCAACUCUUUCUCAACAUGAACAAACUCACACAGGAGAGAAACCCUUUCAAUGCUUCACAUGUGGAAAAUGCUUCAGUGGUAAAUCAUACCUUAUCAAACAUGAAAGAAUUCACACAGGGGAGAAACCCUAUAAGUGUAACGAAUGUGGAAAGAGCUUCACUGUUAGCUCCAAUCUUAAGUUACAUCAACAAAUUCACUCAGGAGUGAAACCCUAUACAUGUGAAAUAUGUGAAAAGAAGUUCAACGACAAAGCAUCCCUCAUCAAACAUCAAAGGUGCCAUUCAGGGGAGAAACCCUAUGAAUGCAAAGAAUGUGGAAAGUGUUUUGCUCAGAGCUCAUCCCUUACUAGACAUGAAAGAAUUCACACAGGAGAGAAACCUUAUCAAUGUUCUGUGUGCAGAGAAACAUUCCGUCUCAGGGAACAGCUUGUUAGACAUCAAAAAACUCAUACACAGGAGGAGACUCAUACACAGGAGACUCCCUAG